UAUGAAUCUAAAUUUAGAUAUCAUAAAAGAAGAAAUUGAAGAGUCAGAUGAAUAGAAGUCUUAUGAAUAAAAAGAGAAAAUUUAACAAUUGACGAUAAAAGAUGAUAUGGAAUUUCAAAAUGAAUAAUUUAUACCAGAUGAAAUACUAGAGGAUGAUUGCAAUAGAGAAUCAAAUGUGGAAAAUAUAUAAUAGAUGGCAACUGUAGUCUUGACUGGCUUAGGGGGAUUUUAUUCAGAUUAAGCAAUAGAUUAUUAAGAAUCAAAGCCACACUAGUAAUAAUAUCGAAGACUUACAAUUUAUUCUAAUUUCUCUUAGAUUUUUAGAUAAAGUGAAGUCGAGUUCGAUAAAUUAGAAUCUUAGAAUCAUAAUUUAUUUGAAAACUUUUCAGCACUUCUAGCUUGGGUUAUACUUUUAUACCAAACUCUCAACAAUGCUAUGAUACCUGCUUGGAUUAUGACAAUCCCACUUGAUAAAGUAAAUAUAUAUAAUAAAGUAGUAUUUAAGAAUAACUUGGAGGUUUUUAAUAUAGAGCUUAUUUUUAAUUCCUUUAAUGAUGUAUGAAUAAAGAACUGGAAGUUUAGAAGUGAAAUUGUAAUAUGAAAUACAAUAUAUUUUAAAAUGGGAAAAUAUGAGAUAACUUUAUUAUGCAAGUCUAAGUCCUACUAUAGCAUCAGCAAUAUUUUUGUUUUGUUUUGAUUACAAUUAUGUUGCUACAAUAUUUAUUCUAGGAUCAUAAACAAAUUUUUGGCUUUCAUUUUGUCGAGAAAAAACUUAGAAUCAUUUUAUAGAAAAACGAGGUUAGAUAUUUAGCUUUUUUGGGUAUUAAUUAAAUUAAAAAGUUUUUUAUUGAUAUGUAUUGAAUCUCUGGCAAUGAAUAAAUAAGGGAUUCCAGUUAUAGCAAAUAAUUACAUUAAUACUUCUGUAUUUAUUUAAGUUCCAUUAUUAAGAUUAUUGAUAGGUUCUGCAGUUCCAGUAAAAUAUAUGAUAAUAAUUAGUUUGUAUCUUCAUAUUUAUUAGCUAGAUGUUCUGAAUUUAAUAAAAGAGUAAGAAGUUCUUUCCCAUUAUACUUGAGCAAUUAUUUUAUAGCAAUAUUUGUUAGUUUUAAUAUAUUUAUUGUUGCUUAUUUUGUAGAUGGUAUAUCAUUAGAUAAUAAUCCAAAUUUUGGAUUUUUUGGAUUGUUUACAAAUUAGAAAUUUAUAGAGUUUUUGUAAGAUUAUUUAAUUAAAAGAUAGUUAUACUUCACUAAUUAUAAUAAUAGGAAUAUAUAUUUGUUCUGUGAUGACAAUUAAGUUAUUUGAUCCUUUGAUUUUAUCAAUUUUUAACCUUCUCGAACCUUUGAUAAGUUCAAUAUUUUGUAAAUUUUCAGGAGUUUAAUAUUAUCCUGAUUUAUUGAGUUAUUUAGGGUAUUUUUGGUUGUAAUUUGGAUAAUUGUUAAUUAUCUUAGGAUAAGAUUGGCAUAAAAAAUAAUAGGAUAUGAAUGCCAAACAGAAUUUACAAUGUAAAAGUUCUUGGAGCAAGAAGACGUUGUGA